AUGGGACCAAACAUGGCGUCCCUCUUUACUUUGCUCGCUUCUGCUGUGGUAUUCGAAACCGCUUUGUCAUUUACAAUAGAUUUUGAACUCGAAAAAUCGGAGAGCGGAAUAGUGUUCCCGACUGAGUACUACUUCCGAGGAGAAGUCACGUCAUUAUUCACUGGCCUAAUACAACCUUUCCAGAUUUGGUACAGUGCUGAAAAUAAUCGAUCACGAAUCGAUUAUUACGACGGCACCACAAAGACUUAUUACGUCGCCGAAAACGAUGAAGACGUAGGACGCGCAUACGAGGUGUUCCCAAUGACAACAGACACCCUGGACUCGGAAGUAAUUUGCGUGCCCGAAGAGAACGAUGGCCCUCAGAAGAACUUCUUGCCGAAAACGGAGAACUACACGUACGUCGGGAAGACAUCCCGCUAUGGCUUGGAUACGGAGAUCUGGGAAUACAAGGAGUAUGAUGAUGAAGUGCUUCCUUUGAACGUGUACCACACAUUGUUCGUUUACCGAGAGGGUGAUAUUCACCUACCGCUGAGAUACGAAGUGCGCAAAUACAACGACUGGAGUAAAUCGCUUUACGCACAUUAUAUAAACGUCUAUAAAGAUUUCGGGACUCCGAAUUUUGACGAUCUCGAUGUAGACAAAGUUGAGGAGUGCAAUGUUUUCUCGAAUGUCGAAGAGAAAUUUAAACGCUUCAAGAGCUUACAUAAUAAGGAAUACGGGUCCGAUGAACACGAAUUUAGGAGGACGAUAUUUGAGGAAAAUUUAAGGAUAGUGGAAGAACACAAUAGAAAUAAUUUAAGCUACAAGAUGGCUAUCAACGAGUUCAGUGACCUCACCCCAGACGAGUUCGGUGUCUUUACUGCCACAGGAUUCCAACAGCCCAUUGAAGGGACAGAGCCCUUCAUCUACUCGGAAGAAGAGCUAGGAGAUAUGGUGAAGGAUCUGCCGGAGAACUUCGAUCUGAGGAGCGAAGGGUACAUCAGCAAAAUUAAACACCAAGCCAGGUGCGGUUCGUGUUGGGCUUUCACGGCAACUGCGUCCAUCGAGGGUGCUCUGGCGAGGACUAACGGAGGAAGAUUGUUGGACCUCAGCGAACAGUCUCUCGUGGAUUGCUCUUGGGGCUUCGGAAACAUGGGUUGCUUAGGCGGUCACCUGGAGACCGCCAUGAAGUACGUUAUGAAAUAUGGCAUCCCCACCGAGAAGGAUUAUGGCCUUUACAAGAGUAAGAACGGCUACUGCCACAUCCAGAACGUGACGGACGUGCAGCACAUCCGCGGCUUCGGCAGAGUGCCCGUGAAGAGCGUCAACGCCAUGAAGGUGGCUCUCUACAAAUACGGCCCCGUGGCGGUGGCUGUGCACGUCGGGGACAAAAUGAGCAAGUACUCCAGCGGCAUCUUCUACGAUCCCGAGUGUAACGAAUCAUCUCCGAACCACGGCAUGGUUGUUGUGGGCUACGGUGUGCGCGACGGCAACCUCUACUGGAUCCUGAAGAACUCUUACGGGGAGCAUUGGGGGGAGGAUGGAUACCUCUUGAUAUCUGCCAAAGACAAUAAUUGCCAUGUCCUAGAACAUGCAACGUACCCGAUCGUAUAA